AUUAUACAUAUUUAAGCAUCUAACUCCCCAAACAAAUUGAUUAAUAAAUUAUUUCCGAAUUUAAUAUCAACAGAUUUAGUCUUUUAUUUUUACCAUCGUUGAUACUCGAUAGCCGGUCGCACACAAGUACCACCUCUACUAUCAGAGCAAUAAACAGAUGCUGCUCCCUUUGAAAUCUUCGAAUCCCGCGUGAUAACUCGUUCCCAUUGAUAAGCGCGAUGACGGCGGAGAAACGUGAGGCCAAAGUGGUGCUGGUGGACAUUGAGGGUACCACCACGUCCAUUAGCUUCGUACACCAAGUACUCUUUCCCCACGCCAAGGAGAAUGUGGAAAAGUACCUCAAAGAGUACUGGGAAAAUGAGGAAACCAAGCAGAUUGUCGAGGAUUUGCAACAGGUGCCCCAGUACGCCGACUACCAGGCCACGCUAAGUGCUCCUCCGGCGGUGGUGGAUGUGAAGGUCAUUGCCGGCUUUGUACGCUAUCUGAUAGACAAAGAUCUGAAGGUUACGCCCAUGAAGACGCUUCAGGGUCUUAUUUGGGCCUGUGGCUAUGCCAGUGGAGAGCUUAAAGGGCAUGUCUAUGAGGAUGUGCCCGAUGCCUUCCGGGCCUGGCAAAAAGCUGGUCUUCGGAUUGCCGUUUACUCCAGUGGAAGCGUUGAUGCCCAAAAGUUAAUCUUUGGUUACAGCGUGGCAGGCAAUCUGCUCCCUUAUCUCAGUGACCACUUCGAUACCCAUGUGGGUCACAAACAAGAGCAGCAAUCCUAUGUCAAUAUUUCAAAUUCUUUGCGCGAAAAACCUCAGAAUAUUCUCUUCCUCACGGAUAUUCCAGGGGAAGCUUCUGCUGCCCUCUCUGCUGGACUACAAACAAUAAUUCUACAUCGCCCGGGUAAUGGGCCAUUGUCUGACGAUCAGAAGAGCAACUACGAGGUGAUACCGGACUUCAAAUCUCUUUACAGCCUACAACUGCCACAAAAAUAAAACACUUAAGUGUGAAAUCCAAAAA